ACAGCACAGCAGACAGACAGUGGCGCGGUGGUCGACGCAGCGUCUACCAGACUAUUUUUAUUUUGAAAGUGAAUCGUUUUAGUGAAUUAAUUAUUUAAUAUUGGAACGUAUCAUAUCGCUAUCAUUCUUUCUAUCGUGUGUUUCGUUUUUCGGCUAUACACGUUCAUCAUAAUACGUCAAAAUUGUAGUUUUCAGUGCUAACCUUCUUUUUUUCUUAGUGUUUUUGAGAUGCAAGACGUGAUCGAUAUGUGCAAGAUGUACAGAUGACUCUGCUAUAUUCUGUUCAGCGUGUUCUUUUUCUGAUGCGGUGGCGUGGAUAGCGUGACCGGGAUGCAGGGGGGCGGGGCGCCGGCCAACGACGCUGAGCAGGCCCAGUUCGAGGCCGACAAGCGAGCUGUCUACAAACACCCACUGUUCCCACUACUCGCAUUGCUCUUGGAGAGGUGCGAGCAGGCCACGGCCGGCGCGGAGCCGCCAGCCGCCGACGCCUUCGGCGCCGACCUGCAGGCGUUCGUGCAGCAUCAGCGGCGAGACAGACGGCCGUUCCUCGUGGACGACCCGGAGAUCGACGGGCUGAUGAUUAAGAGCAUACAGGUGUUAAGGAUCCAUCUUCUGGAAUUGGAGAAGGUGCAGGAGCUAUGUCGGGACUUCUGUGGGAGAUACAUUGCGUGUCUGAAAACCAAGAUGCAGAGCGAGAACCUACUACGGACGGACUAUACCGCAGGCGGUGUGGAGAGCAAUAAUAACCUAUCGGGCCCGAUGGACGAUCACUCCAGCACGUCCAAUUCGCCGCAGUAUCAGUCCCCCCCCGCGGCCCCCCUCCCCGCGCCCGUGUACCCCGUGUACCCGCACACCGAGCUGCCCUACCCCCCACACAGGGAGCCGCCGUCCCUCGUGGUGCAAGGUUCGACGCCAAUAAGUCAGAUCGGUGCUGGUCUGCUUUCCAACGACUCGUUCACUGGUGCAAACUCCAACAACUCCUGUUCCUCCGUCAGCGGAUCCCCACCGCCCGAGGAGGAGGGCGAGGAGGGUGGGAAGAGGGGAGUUCUCCCCAGACACGCCACGCAGGUGAUGAGAGCCUGGCUGUUCCAGCAUCUGGUGCACCCGUAUCCAACGGAGGAGGAAAAGAGAACGCUGGCCGCGCAGACUCGGCUCACCCUGUUGCAGGUGAACAAUUGGUUCAUAAACGCCAGACGUCGCAUAUUGCAGCCAAUGUUGGACUGUUCGGAUAAACCUGGCGGUAAGAAAAGCAAAAAUGGUUCGUCCAUCAGCAAGAGGUACUGGCCCGACGCAUUAACUAACCCGCAGUUCACGGCCGGUCUCCUCUCAUCGUCGGAGGAUGAGGAGCACGACGGUGAACAGUCUGGCGAUGAACAGGAACCGGCCACAGAACAAGCCACCGAUUACCCCAUACAACAAACUAUGCAUUAAGGACACUGCGUAACAGUGCCAGUCAC